CCGCCGUUGACAGGCCUCGUCCGUCCUGGCGCUGCUGCUGCUGCUGGACGGGGCGAUGUUCUCCUGGUCCCCGCCGCCCCCUGGGCCGCUGGACAAACUCUUCCAGUACAUCGACGCCCACCAGGAUGAGUUUGUGCAGGUGCUGAAGGAGUGGGUGGCUGUGGAGAGCGUGUCCGGGCAGCCUGUGCCCCGGUUCAGACAAGAGCUCGCCCGCAUGGCGGCCAUGGCUGCUGACCAGCUGCAGCGCCUGGGAGCUGGCGUGGAUGUGGUAGACCUGGGCUCUCAGCAGCUGCCGGACGGCCAGAGCCUCCCCCUGCCGCCCAUCAUACUGGCUGAACUGGGGAAUGAUCCGAAGAAGCCCACGGUCUGCCUGUACGGACACCUGGAUGUGCAGCCCGCGCUGCGGGGUGAUGGGUGGCUCACCGACCCCUUCACGCUGGCCGAGGUGGACGGCAAACUCUAUGGACGAGGAACGACAGACAACAAAGGCCCCGUCUUAGCUUGGAUCAAUGCCGUGAGCGCCUUCAGAGCCCUGGAUCAAGAUCUCCCGGUGAACGUCAAGUUCAUCCUGGAGGGGAUGGAGGAGGCGGGCUCUGUGGGGCUGGAGGAGCUGGUGAGGAAGGAGAAGGACCGCUUCUUCUCCAGUGUGGACUACAUCGUGAUCUCAGAUAAUCUGUGGAUCAGCCGCAGGAGGCCGGCGCUCACCUACGGUACCCGAGGGAACAGCUACUUCACUGUGGAGGUAAAAUGCAGAGAUCAGGAUUUUCACUCCGGAACCUUCGGUGGGAUCCUUCAUGAACCAAUGGCCGAUCUGGUGGCUCUUCUUGGUAGUCUGGUGGAUUCGUCAGGUCAUAUCUUGAUCCCUGGAAUCUACGACCAAGUUGCUCCAAUUACAGCAGAGGAAAUACAGAAGUACAAAAGCAUUGAUCUGGACCUAGAAGAAUACAGGAAUAGUAGCCAGGUUGAGAAAUUUCUGUUUGAUACCAAGGAGGAAAUCCUAAUGCACCUGUGGAGGUACCCAUCUCUCUCUAUUCACGGGAUUGAGGGAGCCUUUGAUGAGCCUGGAGCGAAAACAGUCAUCCCUGGCUGUGUUACAGGGAAAUUUUCCAUCCGUCUCGUCCCUCACAUGAACGUGUCUGUGGUGGAGAAGCAGGUAAAGCAACAUCUUGAAGCUGUGUUCUCCAAAAGAAACAGUUCCAAUCAGAUGGCUGUCUCUUUGGUAAUGGGACUUCAGCCAUGGGUUGCAAAGACUAAUGACAGUCAGUAUCUUGCAGCAAAAAGAGCCAUCAGAACAGUGUUUGGAGUAGAACCUGAUAUGAUCCAGGAUGGAUCAACCAUUCCAAUUGCCGUAACUUUCCAGGACAUCAUAGACAAGAGUGUGAUGAUGCUGCCGCUGGGCGCUGUUGAUGAUGGAGAGCAUGCUCAGAACGAGAAGAUCAACAGGUGGAACUACAUAGAGGGGUCCAAGUUGUUUGCUGCAUUUUUCUUGGAGGUGGCAAGACUGCAUGCAUCUGAUGCCAGGAAUCUUCCCUGACCCACGGAGAGAUCGCUCCCACCCCCAGAGAUGGAAGUUUAAUAGCCUGAACAUAUUGAUACAGUAAAGCAUGCCUCCAUUCAAAACCAUGGGGGGGUGGGGAGAGGAAGGAAGGAAAGAAGGAAGGAAGGAAGGGAA